AGAGAAGUUGUAUAUAACAGUAAUGGAGAAGAAAAGCAUGGCGACUAUGGUGCACUGUUUGGUCUUAGCAUAUCCAGCUCAAGGGCACGUUAACCCCAUGCAUGACUUCUCCAAGCUCUUGCAGCAACAAGGUGUGAAAGUGACCUUAGUCACCGCCUUUUCCUUCUUCAAAAAGUUGCAGAACGUAGCCACUUGUAUUUCACUUGAAACCAUUUCUGAUGGGUUUGACAAUGGAGGGUUGGAUGAAGCAGGUGGCUUCAAAGCCUAUUUUGAACGUUUCUGGCAAGUGGGGCCAAAGAGUCUGGCCGAGCUUCUUGAGAAACUUCACAGAUCAGGUGACCCUGUUCACUGUGUUAUUUAUGAUUCACUCUUCCCUUGGUCUCUGGAGGUUGCAAAGAGAUUUCAGAUUGCAGGGGCUUCUUUUCUCACUCAAAACAUGUUUGUUAACAGUAUAUACGCCCAUGUCCAGCAUGGGAAGCUGCAACUUCCCAUCACACACGAUCAGAUUUCUCUUCCUUUCUUGCCCAAACUUCAACAUCACGACAUGCCCUCCUUCUUCUUCCCUACAGAUGACACUUAUCCAACUUUGCUUAAUGUCUUAGUUGCUCAGUUUUCCAACAUCCACCAAGCUGAUUGGAUUCUCUGCAAUUCAUUCUACCACAUGGAAAAACAGGUAACUGUCCUCUGUCUCUGCCAUCAUGCAUCUCUCCUCUCUAUAUUCUUACGUGUAAACUCUUUUUAAUAAAUACUACGAUA